AUGGACGUGGAAUCAAACUCGCUCCCCCUCAAGCCACGCCUCGAGAAUGAACAGGAUGUGCAGGAUGCCACCGACCUCGCAGCCCUGGGACAUGCCCAGGCGCUGACCCGCAAAUUUAAUAUCUGGAGCAUGCUCGCGCUCGCUUUUUGUGUUCUGGGAACCUAUUCUACAUUUGCCCAGGAUCUUAGCAGCGGCCUCACUACUGGUGGCCCUAUCACCAUCCUCUGGGGCCUGGUGCUGGUCACGGGUUGUAAUCUAUGCGUGGCUCUCUCGCUGGGCGAGAUGACGAGCAGCAUGCCCACGGCGCUUGGCCAGGCGUAUUGGGUGUACCGCCUUUGGGGCACGCCGCUCGGGAGAUUCGUCUCGUAUAUGUGUGCUUGGAUCAACACUUUUGGCUGGUGGACCCUCACCGCAUCCCAGGUCGCUUUCAUGACUGAGUUCCUGCUGGGCGUGAAGACCAUGUUCCAGCCCGACUGGGCCGGUGCAGACAAGGGCUGGCUCAACUUCGUCGUGUAUAUUGGCGUCGUAUUUGCUUUGACGCUUGUCAAUGUCGUCAGCUGCCGGCGAGAGCAGAUCCUGCCAUGGAUCAACAAUUUCGUCGGCGUCUGGUUUGCCGGCUUGUUCAUCGUGAUGUCGCUGGUCAUGCUGAUCUGCGUCGGCGCCAAGAGCGACCUGCACUUCCAACCGGGCUCGUUCGUGUUCGGCACCUGGAUUAACCAAACUGGCUGGAGCGACGGCGUCGUCUGGUUCACUGGGCUGGUGCAGGCUGCAUACGGCCUGACCGCGUUUGACUCGGUCAUUCACAUGGUCGAAGAAAUCCCCAACCCACGCCGCAACGCGCCGCGUGUCAUCUGGAUGGCUGUGCUCUUCGGCGCCAUUACUGGCUUCAUCUUCAUGGUGGUCUGUCUGUUCUGCAUCCAGAACGUCGACAACGUCACCGGCGCCAAUCUGCCCUUCAUGGAGCUUAUGCUCGAGACCGUCGGCCAAAAGGGUGGCGCCACCUUGAUCGCCCUCUUCAUCUUCAACGGCCUGGGUCAGGGCAUCAGCGUCCUGACUACCGCCUCCCGGCUGUCCUGGGGCUUUGCCCGUGACGGUGGGCUCCCCUUCAGCCGGUAUUUCAGCCACGUCGACCCCGUGUGGCAAGUUCCAGCGCGGGCGCUAUGGGGCCAGGGUGUUAUCAUCGGGCUGGUGGGCAUCCUCUACCUCUUCUCCAACACCGUUCUUGAGGCCAUUCUAUCCGUCAGCACCAUCGCGCUGACUGUCUCCUACGGCAUGCCCAUCAUGGCGCUCCUGGUCGUCGGCCGUGAGAAGCUGCCGCCCGGCGGCUCGGCCGGGCUUGGGCGCUGGGGCCCGUGGCUGAACUGGACCAGUAUCGUUUACUGUGUCAUCACCUCCAUCUUCUUCCUUUUCCCUGGCAGCCCGAACCCGGCGCCAAGCGAUAUGAACUACGCCAUUGCUGUCUUUGGCGUGAUGCUGGUUAUCGCGGUUGCGUUUUGGUUUAUCCGGGGCAGUCGGACGUAUCUCCAGACGGAGGAUGCGAUCGCUCAGAUGUUCUAUGCGCAGCACCUGGAGAAUGCGGAGUCGACUGCUGAGCCGCGCUCUGAUGCCGACUCGAAGUAG